CAACAUUGACUUAUCAGCGACAACAUUAGAUUAGUGUUGGAAACCUUGGACAAAAUCAAGUUCACAACAUUCAUGUACCUGGAGAGUGUUAUUUAAAGCAUCAGAGAAUUAAUAACGACAAAACCAAUUGUUAAUUAAUGGUGGUAUCAUUUUUUGUUUUGGAGUAAUUCUAAUGAGCUCCUACUAACUGUUAUAACAGCAUGGCCAAAAUAACCUAUAUGGUCUUGGUGGGUUUACUGUUCUUGAGCACGACUUUAGCUGCUGAUGGAACUGACAUUGGUGCCAAUUACAAUAACUCAAACACCAAGAAAGAAUACAGCCAACUUGAAAAAGGCAGAUUGGUCGGUCAAGCUUUGUUAGACAAUGAUCAUGUAUUUCGAGAAUUGGAAGCUAUAUUUUACGCUUAUGCAGAUUUCAAAAAAACCCAACCACCUAGUCAAGUUGGGGGAUUAUUCUCUGAAGGGGUUCUUGGCAUGAUGCCGAAACUCUUGAGAAGUUCCGACUUUCAGGAUAUUGCUCGUAUCAUCACUGAUGAGGUUGGUAGAGUUAAUACCUCAAAGGUGAUGGAGAUGGCUAAAGCGAAUCAUUGGCAACCGAACAAUCCUAAUGUGACCAAUGCAUUGCUGUACACGUACCAACAUAACCUCAACUACAAGCGCCUUAUCCAAAGAAUUAUGAUGAGACGCAGUACUCGGAUCUAUUUCCCUUAUUUUGAAUCGUUAAUGUCAAAUAAACAGUGCUAUGAAGACAGCAUGGAUUUUAUGGAUGCUUUGGUUGGGGGACAAUAUCCUACUGAUGAUCCAAAUGAUUUUAAUUUUACUACCUUCUGGUGGGCCUUGAAAAUGUUCGACUCAAUUGGUAAACCUUCGGGGGGAAUUACUAAAGGAGCUUUGUAUUACAUUGGAUCCUAUGAUGAGUGCGCCAAAGUUCAAGCUUAUAUACCCAAAAACAUUACUCUGGGCCAUAUAUGGAGAGGUAAAGAAAAAUCAUUCACUACAAAAUUUUGUCGGGCGAAAUUCAACGUUUCUGAUAAUUUUGUACAAAGUUUAAAUGUGGAUACACGAGGAUUAAAAUUGCUGUUAAAUUGGGGUUUGUGUGUCCCAGCAUCCUGUCAUGGUGAUGAUAUUGUAAAACUGAUUAACAUGGGUCCCCUACCAUUACCCGUUAAUAGUGUAUCGUGUCAUGAAGAGCCAAUAUUAGAAGAUGAUUCAUCAGCCAUAGCAGCCAUAGUUAUUCUGUCUAUAUUUGGAGCAAUAGUUGUAGUGUGCUCGUUCACUGAAGGUAUCUUGUCAUCUUUACCACUUCCACGGCAAACAGGACAUGGUCAUAUCAAUAGAGGAUUUUUUUCGGAUGAGAGCACAAUCAUCAAAAAUGGUUACGCACCAAAAUCUUUAGAUGUGCAAUUAACGUCAUACGAUGAAAAGUCCCCAAAUGGUAAUGGAAUUUACGAGAAUGUGAAUAAUGGUAGCAUUAUUAAAUCAAAUGGUGUAUCUAAGGCCGAAGAAGCUGGUACAUCAAACGGGGCUGUUCAUCACUUCACAAAGCCAGAACCCCCAGAGCCACCAACAGACAAACCUCGAAAAAUCAGUCCUUUUAUCAAAGCUUUCUCCAUUCUUACAAAUGUUCCAAAGUUACUGAGCGCCAAGAAAUCGCCGUCUGCCAUCAACUGUAUUCAUGGAAUCAGAUUUAUAAGCAUGCUGUGGAUAUUAUUAGGACAUACCUAUAAUUAUGGCGUUAUUUCUGACGCAGAAAACCCUACCACUGCCAAUUUAGUGGAUGCGGCUUCAUUGUUUGAGAGAUUUACAUUUCAAGGAAUCAUGGCCGCAGGUUUUGGCGUCGAUACUUUCUUUCUUUUAAGUGGAUUUCUUGUAACAUAUUUAACUCUAAAAGAUCUUGGUAAGAAGAAGGUGAAGGGAGGCUAUAUGUUCAUGUAUUAUUUUCACAGAUUUUGGAGAUUGACUCCUUUGUAUAUGAUCGUGUUAAUGACAUUUUCGUGUUUGUACGCCUAUAUGGGUGAAGGUCCUCUCUGGCCAGAAACUAUCCCAGCAGCAGAUUAUUGUAAAACCAACUGGUGGACUAAUUUGCUGUAUGUAAAUAAUCUAGUCAGAGCAAAAGAACAGUGUCUGGGUUGGUCUUGGUAUUUAGCAAACGAUAUGCAAUUUUAUGUUUUCUCGCCAAUUUUCAUCUUUCUUAUUUUCUGGUAUGCUCCAGUUGGUAUUGCUCUGACAGUAGGUGUUGGUGUGGCAGGUGUUGCCUCUGCUUUCUAUGCACAUUAUGAAACCGGUGGUGACAUGUUCUCGAUGCACGAAAUACCAGACUAUUGGUAUGAUGUAUAUAUUGUACCCUGGACUAGAAUGGCAGCAUGGAUGGUUGGCAUCCUUCUGGGUUUUAUUAUGUACAAAACAGACAAAAUCAAACAAUUGAAAAUGAAAAUAGCAGUUUUUGGAUGGUUAAUAACACUUUUCGUUGGUUUCUUCCUUGCGUAUAUAACUUACACAUUUAGAAAAGAGGAUGGAGAACCCUGGCCACAAUGGGUCCAAUCGCUAUAUGAAUCUUUGGGGCGACCUGUGUUUGCCGCCUGUGUUGCCUGGGUAAUAUUUGCGUGUCAUCGAAAAAGGGGAGGUUUGAUAAACGAUGUUUUAUCGUGGAAUGGUAUCAUACCACUUUCCAGAUUAACGUACGCUUGUUACUUACUACAUCCAACUGUCAUGAUGAUCAAAGUUUUCAAUCAGAGACAUUUAAUUUACAUCAGUGACUUCGAUGUGGCUUACCUAUAUAUAGGUCAUACAGUAAUGACUUUUAUGGUGGCAUUUAUCUUCUCCGUUGUUUUUGAGGCGCCAUUUUUAUCUCUGGAGAAGAUUUUAUUUCACAAAGGACGAUGAAGAGUUAGAUAGUUAGUUAAAUAUUACCAACCUUACAUUCUGCAGCAUAUCUUGAAAUGGUGAAAUAAGACAGAAUCAAUGUAGAAAUGGAAUUUUACUGUGUAUAUACAUGUUUAAGUAGUUAAAUUUGGAAACCAGGGGUCGCUGCCAUUAGAUUUCAAUUGAGAAUUUUGAGAAUAUAUAAAUAGAAAUAUGUGUGUAAGGUUGGUUGUUAGCAAACUAUUACACAUUAUUUAUUGUUAGAUAUUUAUCUUAAGAAGUGAGGGUCUGAUGUUUACUCAAUAAAAAAAUGAUUCACAGACACUGUUCCAUUUGAUAAUUUAGUUAUAGUAACACCAAUAAAAUCUGUAAGAUUCGUCUACAUUUAUGAUCAAAAAUGAGUUUUUCCCUCCCAAUUUGCAGGCCUUCUAUUCCCCUUCUUGAGAGCGGUAAACCCACUCCUAACAGUGUUAUUUUAUCAAUUAAAUUACUGAAUUAUAAUAUAAUUUUAUUUGAACAGAUUAGUAAUAACUGAAGUCGAUAUCUCAUGACAGAUAUUAAAGACCCUGUAUUCCUUAUUUAAUCAGUGUAAAAAAAAACAGGAAGUUUAAUUUACUCACACUUGGAUGCUCGGAAGAGUUUUAUAAUCGAAAGCCUUGUCCCCCAAUCCAGUUCAUUUAAAAAUGUGAAUGAAUAUUGUUUACAAAUAACAAAACUUUCGCUUA